AUGUCACCUACUCCCUGGUCUAGUGCCCAGCCCAGGCCGCCCCGCCCCUGCCCUGUCCCAUCCCAGGAUGUCCGGUCCCUGCCCCCUUUCCUUGCCCAUCCAGGCCCUGCCCCUGCCCCUGUCCUCCAGUGCCCAGGCCCUGCCCCUGCCCCUGCCUCCAGUGCCCACCCCCAGACCCUGAACGGGUCCUCCAGUGCCCAGCGCAGGCCCUGCCAUCUGCCCCCUGCACCUGUGCCCAGCCCAGGCCCCGCCUCCCGCCCGCUGCCUCCAGGGCCCAGCCCAGGCCCUGACCCGGGUCUCCCAGUGCCCAGCGGAGGCUUUGUGCUCAGUAUGGGAGAAUGUGUUCUCAAAUCCUCUGGUCUGUCCCCGCCACCUGGUGCCCUGUCCUGCGAGGGGGACAACCAGGGCUCCACCCGGCUCCCGCUCUGUCUAUGGGGUGAGGAAAGCGCAGGCCAGCGCAGCGCAGACCCUUAG